CAGUCGCAGACCAAAAUCGCACAUCUAAUGGCAGCGACCGCCCGCCAUCGCCUUCAAUAAACAAACAAACAAACAUUAAUUUUUAUAGUUGUUUUGAAUAAAACAUGCCUGCCGAUUCUAAUAUUGUAGCGGUGGAGGAGAAGAAAGAGGACGGCUUGUUUCAAAGUCUCACGGAGAGAUCGAAACAUGAAGAUUUCAUUAGGCGGGCGGUUGAUCUGCUUGUAGAAAGAGUGGUGUUUGGUAGAGCUUCGAGGACCUCGAAAGUUGUGGAGUGGUCGGCGCCUGAAGAUAUCAAGCAAGCAAUAGAUUUGAAAGUUCGAGAUGGACCAGCAUCCCAUGAAGAGCUUCUGGCGUUUAUGGCAGACGUUGCACGCUAUUCAGUGAACACCGCGCACCCUUACUUUGUCAACCAGCUGUUCUCUUCUGUUGAUCCUUAUGGUCUCAUUGGUCAAUGGCUCACAGACGCUUUGAAUCCCAGUGUCUACACCUUCGAAGUAGCUCCUGUCUUUACUUUGAUGGAAGAGGAGGUUCUUCGCGAAAUGCGUUCGAUCGUUGGUUGGGCGGACGGUGAGGGCGAUGGGAUAUUCUGCCCUGGAGGAUCUAUUGCUAACGGAUACGCCAUUAGUUGUGCUCGGUCCUACUUUUAUCCAGAGAUUAAGAAUAAAGGUGUAUAUGCAGUUCCGAAGUUAGUGAUCUUCACAUCAGAAUUAGCUCACUACUCUACAAAAAAGAUGGCCGUCUUUAUGGGUAUUGGUAGUGAUAACUGUAUUCUUGUAAAAGCUGAUGAAAACGGCAGAAUGGAUGUAAACGACUUAGAAAGAAAGAUUAACGAAGCUAUAGAAGCUGGAGCAACACCAUUCUUGGUUACUUCUACAUCUGGUACAACUGUAUAUGGGGCCUUUGACCCCAUUGUACCCAUAUCUAAUAUAUGUAAGAAAUAUAAUCUUUGGCUACACGUCGAUGCAGCGUGGGGAGGUGGUGCAUUAAUGUCGAGGAAACAUAGGAAUUUAUUAAAUGGAAUUGAGUUAGCGGACUCAGUGACGUGGAAUCCACAUAAACUGUUGGCUGCACCACAACAAUGCUCUACUUUCUUACUCAAACACAAGAACGUUCUUAAAGAAGCACAUUCUUCGAACGCACAGUAUCUCUUCCAAAAAGACAAAUUUUAUGAUACAUCCUAUGACACCGGUGAUAAACAUAUUCAAUGCGGUCGUAGAGCUGAUGUUUUGAAAUUUUGGUUCAUGUGGAAAGCGAAAGGAAGCGAAGGUUUUGAAAAACAUGUCGAGAAACUAUUCGAUAACGCUAACUACUUCCUCGAACAUAUCAGACAGAGGGAAGGCUUUCGUCUGGUUAUUCCGAAGCCAGAAUGCACGAACAUUAUGUUCUGGUAUAUUCCAAAGUGUCUCCGAAGUUGCGAGAACGAGCCGAAUUAUUAUGAAAGGUUACAUAAAGUUGCGCCCAAAAUAAAGGAACGAAUGAUAAAGGAAGGUAGUAUGAUGGUCACGUAUCAGCCGCAAGGUAACCUAGUAAACUUUUUCCGCAUUGUUUUUCAAAAUUCAGCGCUCGAUCACAAAGAUAUGAUAUACUUUGCAAACGAGUUCGAAAGGCUCGGAUCGGAUAUAGUUGUUUAGAUGAUGAAUACUUUAAUUGGAAAACUGCAUAACCUUGUAGACAUAUUUAAUGCGAUUUCAUCAUAUACCUACUACGUAUACUAGCCUGUGAUUUUUAUUUAUGCAUUAGCUUUAUAUUCGUUAGAAAUAUUUGAUGUUAUUAAAUAAUCUAGUGUUAUAUUAUGAGAAAUAUAAAUAAAUGAUGUAUAUAAAUUGUUA